GCGUCCGUUGAGUUCUGUUUUCAGUUGUUUUUCAAACGCUAAACGUGUUGGUUGUAUCAAAUACGUGUGCGGAAUAAAGUGAACAGAAAUAAAUUCUCUAAUGAAAAAAGUUAAUAAAAAGAAUUGAAAUAAAUUUCGAUAAUUGUGGUUCGAGUGUGAAUAAAAAAGGUCAAAACAAUAGGAAACGAAAAGUUUGUGGCAUUUUCGAAGUUUUGAAUAUAUUAAGCCCGAAUCAAGGUUGCCUAUCCAAGUGGAAUAAUAAAACCACUAUCUAUUAGGCAUACAUACAUCCACCAACAAAUAAAUAUAUUACAAAAAGAAAAAACACAGUAAACCACACAUAUACACCCGUCUCCAGCACAAGCAUGUCAGCGCGAAGUCAUCCACAAAUGGCACCACCGCCACCACCCCCCAAACCAAACAAAUCCGGCGCCACAUAUGAAAACCAUGCAGCCAAUGGUAAUGGCACAUUCGCCGCGUAUGGCAACGGAAAUGGUAAUGGCAGCGCUGGUGGCAGUCGCAACGGUAGCAUAUCCUCGUUGACAGACAAUCAGGGCAGCUUGCAGCGCCACAGUCAGAACGUCAAUGGACGUAGUACGUGUCACACGCCACCGCGCACAGAUCGAGAGCAGGUCGUAAUGACGCCAAAAGGUAAAACCGUUAACAGCACCGUUAUACUGAUCGAACGCAAGCUCGUCGAUGAGAUAAACGAACGCGUUCAUGUCGCUGGCGGCGAUCAUACAGGAAUUAUCAUAAAUAAGGACACCGUAAGUGGACAGAAGAGCGAAAUGGUGCCGGCACAAUUAUCGCUGGAGUUUCGUGUAUUCCUGGUAAGCGCCAAUACUGGUAAACAUUCGCAGGAAUCACGUACGCUGCGUUUCUGGUUCCGUCAGUGGUUGCGCAGCGACGAGAAGCAGGCACAGAUCGCGCAGGACUUCUUCAAAGAGUUGGUCAGUCCGAAAGAUUUUCCCAGAGAUUAUGUGGGCUUCAUUAAAAAGAUCAUGAAAUUACUGCAACGUGGUUACGAUGAGAUACAGUCAUUAGAAAUCGAAUUGCGCAUUUUGGAGGAAACUGCAGAGCCGCCAUCACGACCACCGCGCGACGGUUACAUUAUAUACUGUUAUGGUGAUUGCAAUCGCAAAUUUGAGGAGGCACUACAGGCGCAGCGCAAAACAG